GCUGCGGGCAGAGCCCCGGGCUGGGCGCAGCGAAGAUGGAGGCCCCGCUGCGGCCUGCCGCCGACAUCCUGAGGCGGAACCCGCAGCACGACUACGAGCUGGUGCAGAGGGUCGGCAGCGGCACCUACGGGGAUGUGUACAAGGCCAGAAAUGUACAUACAGGAGAAUUAGCUGCGGUGAAAAUCAUUAAGUUGGAGCCUGGUGAUGAUUUUUCUUUGAUUCAACAAGAAAUAUUUAUGGUUAAAGAAUGUAAACAUUGCAACAUCGUAGCGUAUUUUGGGAGCUAUCUCAGUAGGGAAAAACUCUGGAUUUGCAUGGAAUACUGUGGUGGCGGAUCACUUCAAGAUAUUUAUCAUGUUACUGGACCAUUAUCUGAAUUACAAAUAGCCUAUGUAUGCAGAGAGACGUUACAGGGUCUUGCCUAUUUGCAUACUAAAGGCAAAAUGCAUAGAGAUAUCAAAGGUGCAAAUAUUUUAUUAACAGACCAUGGUGAUGUAAAAUUAGCUGAUUUUGGUGUGGCUGCAAAAAUAACAGCUACCAUUGCGAAGAGGAAGUCUUUCAUCGGCACCCCUUAUUGGAUGGCCCCAGAAGUCGCAGCAGUGGAAAAGAACGGUGGCUACAACCAACUCUGUGACAUCUGGGCAGUCGGAAUAACAGCAAUUGAGCUUGGAGAGCUUCAGCCACCUAUGUUUGAUCUUCAUCCAAUGAGGGCUCUCUUCUUAAUGUCAAAAAGUAAUUUUCAGCCUCCAAAACUAAAGGACAAAACAAAAUGGUCAUCGACAUUCCAUAAUUUUGUCAAAAUAGCACUAACGAAAAACCCUAAGAAAAGACCAACCGCUGAAAGGUUACUGACUCACACCUUUGUUGGACAGUCAGGUCUGUCCCGGGCCCUAGCGGUUGAACUGUUGGACAAGGUGAACAACCCAGACAACCAUGCACACUACACCGAAGGAGACGAUGAUGACUUUGAGCCCCAUGCAAUCAUUCGUCAUACCAUUAGAUCUACAAACAGAAAUUCCAGAGCUGAACGGACAGCUUCAGAAAUUAAUUUUGACAAAUUACAGUUUGAACCUCCUCUGAGGAAAGAAACAGAAGCCCGGGAUGAAAUGGGACUACCGUCAGACCCAAAUUUUAUAUUACAUUGGAAUCCUUUUGUGGAUGGUGCAAAUACAGGCAGGUCAACCUCUAAGCGUGCAGUACCGCCUCCCCUACCUCCUAAGCCACGGAUAAACAGUUACCCCGAAGACAGCCUUGCAGAUGAAGAAAAAUCAGCAACCGUCAAACGUUGCCCUGAUCCAGAGACCAGAGCACCUCAUGUUCUCAGAAGGCAGAGUAGCCCAAGCUGUGUUCCUGUAGCAGAGACAUCCUCUAUAGGAAAUGGUGAUGGCAUUUCAAAACUGAUCAGCGAAAAUACAGAGGGAUCAGCGCAAGCUCCGCAGUUACCUCGAAAAAAGGACAAGAGGGACUUCCCUAAACCAACUAUCAAUGGCCUUCCACCCACCCCAAAAGUUUUGAUGGGAGCAUGUUUUUCCAAAGUAUUUGAUGGCUGCCCUUUGAAAAUUAAUUGUGCAACAUCCUGGAUACACCCUGAUACAAAAGAUCAGUACAUUAUUUUUGGAACUGAAGAUGGUAUUUAUACAUUGAAUCUCAAUGAACUACAUGAAGCAACUAUGGAACAGUUGUUUCCUCGGAAAUGUACCUGGCUCUAUGUCAUCAAUAACACGCUGAUGUCAUUAUCAGAAGGAAAGACCUUUCAGCUCUACUCCCACAACCUUAUUGCUUUGUUUGAACAAGCCAGGAAGCCAGGGUUAGCUGCCCAUAUCCAAACUCAUAGGUUUCCUGACCGAAUUCUGCCAAGGAAGUUUGCCCUAACAACAAAGAUCCCUGAUACAAAAGGCUGCCAUAAAUGCUGCAUAGUUAGAAACCCUUACACAGGACAUAAAUACCUCUGCGGAGCUUUGCAGUCUGGGAUUGUACUGCUUCAGUGGUAUGAACCGAUGCAGAAAUUCAUGUUGAUUAAGCACUUUGAUUUUCCUUUACCAAGUCCUUUGAAUGUUUUUGAAAUGCUGGUGAUCCCAGAACAGGAGUACCCCAUGGUUUGUGUAGCUAUCAGCAAAGGCACAGAGUCAAACCAAGUAGUUCAGUUUGAAACAAUCAACUUGAAUUCCGCAUCUUCCUGGUUUACAGAAAUCGGUGCCGGCAGCCAACAACUGGAUUCCAUUCACGUGACGCAGUUGGAGAGAGAUACUGUUUUGGUGUGUUUAGACAAAUUUGUAAAAAUUGUAAAUCUACAAGGAAAACUAAAGUCAAGUAAGAAGUUGGCCUCUGAGCUGAGUUUUGACUUCCGCAUUGAGUCUGUCGUGUGCCUUCAAGACAGCGUGUUGGCUUUCUGGAAACAUGGGAUGCAGGGAAAAAGCUUCAAAUCAGAUGAGGUCACCCAGGAAAUUUCAGAUGAGACGAGAGUUUUCCGCUUAUUGGGAUCAGACAGGGUCGUUGUUUUGGAAAGCAGACCAACAGAGAACCCCACAGCACACAGCAAUCUCUACAUCUUAGCUGGGCAUGAAAAUAGUUACUAAGCAACAGAAACAAAUUCCAAAUGACAAGAAGAUGAAUAUACUCCAUUGAAAGCAAGAGUGUUUUAAGGGGAUUUGAUAUAGACUACAGUAUGACUUGCUUUAAUUGCUGUGGGUUUUAUAUCAAAUGAUCUGUACAUUAGGAUAGAAUUCAGUAUUUUUCUGUAGCUGGAAACAGCUAGUCAAUCUCUUGCCACUGUGUGGUGGUUAUAUCAAGUUUGCUUAAUAAAAGCUGUGAGACGAAUAGUCCUCUAGUUCCAGGAAACACAGUCCUUUAAAAAAAAAUAAUGUUUGUAACAAGGUGCCAUGGUGUUUUUAAAUAACUCAUGUGAUUAUCUUCAGAGAGGUUAGUGAGCAGUCUGUCAUUUUAUACCAGGCCUUAUUCCUUCUUAGUGAACAUAAUUUGAUAAGAAAUUCUUGAACAAGCCUUUCACUUUGACAUUGGCCGUUCUGUAUGUUUUUGUAAGAUAGAAUAUUUAAUCCUUAUUUAUGAAUCUCUUGCUGGAGUGGUGUAAUGUUUCUAACUUUUAGCAAAGGAAAGUUGCAGAGCAUCUGGGUUUUUUUUUUUUUUUUUUUUUUUUUUGUGUUUUUGUUUUGUUUUUAUACUGUGUGAACAUUUUGUUUACCUUUACAGAGUCGUACCUUAAGGGCUUACAGGCAAUGUGUUUAGGGAUCCAGCACAUGCAGUUUCAUUUAACAAAGUAUUUUCUGACACAGAUUCAUACAGGGUUGCCUUAAAGGGAAUUUGUGUGUUCAGCUUUGGAUGGUUGUAAGGGAUUGUGCAGAAGCGCCGAUGGUGGACAAAGCCUUGGCAGGGAUGUGUAAUGUCUAGGUGUGACUACCAUAUGUUUGACAAGCGGUAGAAUAUACCUGUGAUUUUUUUUUUUUUUUACAUUAGGGAUAAUGCAAGAAAUUGAUCUUCAUAUAUAUCAUGAUCCCUAAUGUUUGGGGGGGGGGAGUAUUUAACUGCCCAUAUUAUGUAUUUUACUUAUAUUAUGCCAAUGGGGAAACUGCAAAGUAAUUGCACGUGUAAUCUUGGGGUUUUCACAUAUGUAGGUGUUCAUUGUGAGUAGGUUUAAGAAAACAAUACUUUAAAUGAAAUUGGAAUUUCUGAUGGGAUAGUAUAGAUAAAUAAAUGAUGUUUUUUAUAUUUUUUAAAAAGCCACUAUACUAAAAUUAAAGGAUAGGGCCAUUUUUAGUGUGCUUUUCUUUUACAAUUGUUACUGUUCAGAAUUGGUAUGUUCUAUUGGUACCAGCUGUCUUAGUGCAUUUAUUAAGACCACUUAGCAAUGAGGUGAUGAACAGGGGGCUAGUAGUAGCAAACUCUAGAAAUAGUCUGACCAGUACUUGACAGGAAAACGAUGUACCUAUCUCAUCUUUACCAGGCUUAUAAAGUACAUGUUAUCAUCUCCAUUUUUCGAAUGAGGAAAUAAGAGUUUAACAAAGUUAAGCAACUUAACCACUUCAUACUGGUUAGUUCUCGAGCCAGACCAAGAGUCUCCUGACUCUGCUCCUCUCACUAUGCAAUAUACAAGGAAUAAAAUGUUACACAAGCAA